GUUCCCAUUUUGAUUGCCAUUUUCUGUUUCGCUGCAAUAACUAUUAUUACUGUAUACCUUAUUAUUUUGUCAUUAUUUAGCGUACUAACUCUGCAUAUUGAAUGGCCAGUAGAUAUAACACGUUUGCUAUGGAUUAUUUUUCUGUUCAUUGUGUUAACUUCAAGUGUCACCAAAAUAAUGAAACAGAGUAAAAAAUUAGGGAGAACAAUAAAUUUACUAACGGAUCAGAAUCCAAUGGAUGAGAGAAUAAAAACUAAAUUAUCGAAAUUUUCGAGUGACCUCCGAAGUUUGAAGAUUGAAAUAACUGCUUGCGAUAUUAUACCUUUAGACCGUACUCUUCUAGGAAUCAUUACCGGCACAAUUGCAACAUAUCUUAUUAUUAGCAUACAAUUUGCUCUUAAUAUGCCUAAAGAUUCAUAAAAUAAAAAUUGAUUACAG